CAGUCUGUGCAAAAAGCACCGCUGAGCAGCAGCAAGAGAGGCGGAGGCGGAGGAGGUGGAAUAGGAGGUGGAGGAGGACAGUAACAGCAUCACAAAGUUUGAGGCUGCCGCUGUGGAACCUCGCGUAGCAUCAGCCCAGAUGUGUUUGGCCUCUUCCGGUGCACGAGGCUUUCCGACCCAGCACCCCCAAUCUCUGCUCGGCCGUAAGCUCAAUAAUGUAAUCAGCUGCACAGACGGCCUUCACUUCAGCAAGGUGUCGAGUAAAUCGGAGCUGCGCUAACUGCUGACGUCAUGUCGGCAGAGGACGUCACCUCGAGCAGAUUCUAAAGACGAUUGGACUCGUUUUAAAUGAAAGAAGUUCACACCUUUGACAGACUCACACUGGCUAUUUUCUACCUCUUGUUGCUUUGCUAUUAGACAGAUUUUUUUGUGUUUAGUGCUCAUCCCUAAGGAAAAUGGUGAGAAGAACUCCUUGGAACACUUGACGUCUCAAAUCCACUUAUCGCUCUUUCUUCUUGCUACGCAGACUUUUUUGUAACAUACUGUUUGCUAUUUUUGCAUUAUUUGUCCACCAAGCAAGACUGUAGAAAAAAGCAUUAGUGACCUGACACCCUUACACUGCUCUGGUCAGCUCUUCCUGUUUCUUAAUUAGCACCGUACCAGCUCCGGGAACAUUGACCUUGGCUUGCCGUGACAUCCUGUCUUCUCUGAUUAUUUCCUUAAAAAUAAUAUUGCCCGAAAGCGGUCACUGCUGUGCAAUUUCCCUCAUAGAUAGUCUGUAUUAAUCUAAAUGUGUGGCUCGUUGUCACAUCAGAUUAAGAACACAGUUGGCAGUUGAAUCGGCACUGGAGGAAAACAAUCUGGAAAUAGCUCAAAGCGAAACACGAUAUUUGGUUUAAACACCAAAUAAGAGUUCGACCACAAUCAGUCGCUCAUGAACGCUUUCCCUUCCUUCUCCUCACCUCCCAUCAACACACACACGAUCCAGUCGGUGUGCAAACCCUGCCUCCGGGCCCCGUGGAGGAUGAGCGAUGGGCCCACGCUCGACUACGAGUUGCUGCUGUCCCCGGCCGGCUCUCCCCUCCCCGGCGGCGCUGGCGGCGGCGGCAGCAGCAGCCCACCGCUGGCCUUGGUCGGGGUGGACGCCGAGCAGCGCACGGCUUUGGCCUUUGUGGGCCUCCUUAUGCUCUUCCUGGUCUUCCUGCUGGUCAGGUGCUUCAGGAUCCUGCUGGACCCCUACAGUCGCAUGCCUGCAUCAUCCUGGACUGACCACAAGGAGGGGCUGGAAAGGGGUCAGUUUGAUUACGCGCUGGUGUAAAAGGGGUUCAAGAAGGGUAACAUUCCACACGGAUACAAUCUUUCAGAAGAUUUGAGAUGAAAUCUGCACGUGGACAAUGAAUCAUAUUGUGAACACACUCAAGGGGUAUUUUUUUGUAAAUGUUCGUGUAAAGUCCUGGUUUUAGAUGUGGUAGUGUAAAUAUGAGGCGUACCAUGACUGCACUCAUACAGACCAGCAGGACCACAAAAAGCCAAAAUAUUGAAGCUGCCUUAAUCUGACCUGUUGUACUAGCUUGACAGCACACAGCACAGCAUCACGUGAGCAAAAUAGAAAUACACAAAUCCGUUAUCGUCAUCACACAUUCAUUGCAGGGUCUUUCAAACGCAAGGUAGUGAGAGGAUUUGAAACAGCAAAAUGGAACGAUAGUUAUGAAGAUCUAUUAAAAACGUGUAAAAUGUAUUUACCGUAAAUUUCGGACUGUAAACUGUGACUUUUUUCACAAGUUUUGAACCUGUAAUAGCGAGUUUUAGAUGGUGCGGUUUAUAGUCCGGUGCGGCUUAUCGUCCAAAAAUUACGGUAUGUGAAAUGUCAUGCCAUGUGAAAGCGCUCCAAUUUUUUCAAGUUAAUUAAAGUCAAGGAAAGAGCAAAUCAGAAACUUGAAACUGAUUAUUUUUAAAAAAUCGAUCAUGUAAAUUCGAUACGAUUCAAGGAUGUAACGAUUCGAUUCAAAAACGAUUUUUUAACACCUUUAAUACGUACGUAGACACAAUUUUUUCCACUCAAGCUGCUUCCCCUCCAUUUUGAAAGCUGCUGAUCCAAGGUUUACAUUUGGAAAGCUGACAUCAGAACGUGCCGCUAACACACAGGCAAAAAUGGCGAGUUUACACUAAAGCAAAGGGCCCUUUAAUUAAUCACAGCCAUUACAAAGCAUCCAUUAGUUAUGUGCUCAUCAAGGAUUGCACAUGCUCACAUUUUGGUUUUUUUUGUGCUGAUUGCAUUUGUAGAUCCUUGAGUAGCACUGCAACUUCAGAUGCUUUUUCAAGCCACAGCAGGUAGUUUGUGUCUCCGUCAAUUCUUCUCAGUGUCGUGUGUUUUCGUGUCUAUAACUUGACAAGCCAUAUUGAUCCAAUAUAUACAGAUAUAAUCUCUUACUGCAAGUUUAGUUAAUCAUUUUAUUUGCCUGACAAGUGUGGUAAUGAAGCUAAAGCAACCUUUAGGUAAAAUACGGCUUUAUUUUUCUAAUCUUGACUCAAGUUUGAGAGUCUCCUUUUUGCUAUCUUCCCGUCCUUCCUGAUUAUGUAAAACUGCACUGUCGAUAUUUGAAAGGAGUGACUCAGCCGUGUCUUUGAGGGAGGCAAAGCUGAUUGCUUUUCUUUGUCUUUCUGUUUUUUAAUGACAUCUUUUUCAAACUUUUUUGCUUUGGUUUUGAUACACCGUACAGUGUGAACGGUCAAAAGGAAUAAUAAUUAAAAAAAAAAAAUCUUCUUCAUUUGAGUAUGUGCUGUUUAUUUUGUGCCAUAAU